AUGGAGAUCCUGCUCCAUGCUAUUCGCGACAGGUACAAAAGAUUUGCAAUGAUGUGGCAUCCGGAAGUUGGAAACGACGAGUACAUGACCGUGCAAAUGUUGAGUCAGGAUGAGCAAAAGCUGUCUGCACGAGUCACCAUGAAGCUUGAAAUGGGAAUUAAUACAACCGCAAAAGUUUGGGAAUGGAACUUUAAGAUUACGGCUAAUCUGAAUUCUGACAAAAAGUGGUACAUAACGUAUUUCGAGUUUAUGUGCAAUCCCUUCAUCAAGUAUAUGGACGAAUCUCUGAUCUCAAUUCGAGAUGUGGCAACUGAGAAGUUCUUGUCAACUAUGCGGGACCAGCAACCGCCCGUCUCGUGGUGGUCAACUGUAGAGUUUGUGAAACAGUUUCAGAAGGAUGAGAAAAUGGAAGCUCAAAUUUGCGCGGUAGAUUAUACUGAUAUUCCUCUGCCAGCAACAGAAAGCACGUACUUCAAAAUAAAGACCAUUGCGAAGGGUUACAGUCCAGCGUAUCGUUUUGUACACAACUGGGAGUUUCAUAUAAAAUGGGACAAAAUGGACCAAUUCUAUUACAUUCAUAAGAUUGAUAUUAGCUGUGGAAAACAGGUUUCUGAUUGGGCUGGAGAAAGAUAUGUAUUUAUUUCAAAAGAGGUUUGGAAAAGAGACAUGGGUUUAGGUUAA